AUGCAGCGGCCACCCGCGGCCAGCCUCAGCUCCGUGGCGCCAGAGCGCCCGCGUACUACCAGCCCGAGUAAUGUGACCAAAAAGCGCCAGCCCGCUGCCGCCACGCCCUCGCCCGCUGCCGCCACGCCCUUUUCCCGCUGCCGCUACGCGCCCGCCCGCUGCCGCCACGCGCCCGCCCGCUACCACGAAGCGCAAGCCCGCCACCGCCACGAAGCGCAAGCCCGCACGGCCCCGACGAUCCUACGCGCCGCGGCCAGGCAGCUCGAGAUGCAAGGGUCCGUAGCCCGCACGUUCAAGAGGGCGGCCGAGUCUCGGCCCGAAGCGACGAAGAUUGCGUAUUGUGCCAAGGCACGCGAGUUCCAGGAAUGGUGCGUGGCCCGAGACCCCACCGAUCCCGGCGGUACCGUGAGCGGGCGAGCCCUCCACCUUUUUCUCGAGACUGAAGUCGUCGGGCGCAAGUCGCGUGCCAAGGGUGACGUGGAAGGCACCAUCGGCAUCUCCACGAUCAAGCAGUACACGAACGCCAUUACGGUGCGCAAGCUCGAGUUUGCCGACAUGCAGUCUUUGGCGCUCUCGAACGAGGGGGCCCACUACCUCUUUGGCACUGGCACGUCGAGGGCGAGCCUUUCCGGUGGUCGCAUGGUGGUGCGGUUCGAGAUGGACAAUGCCGCACCAGAAGCCGUGAAGCGGCUCGAGGAACGGCGGCUCAAGCUGGGAAAGAGUUUGGACUACAUCGCAAAGAACACGGCCGACUUUCUCGCUGGCCAUUAA